AUGCAAUUAGGAGUGAAGCAGCUUGUUUUGCCUGCUGUUCCUUGUGUGGUAGAUACAUGGACAGGUCCUUUUGGCUUUUCAAAGAUGACAGAACUUGAGAGGUCAAAUUUUCUGGACUAUACUUUCCUAGAUUUUCAGGGUACCAUCAUGUGCCAGAAGUUGUUGACAAAGACGCCGUCUCCAGAUUCUGUUUUGCCAAUAGAGUUCCAACAAAAAGUCGGUGCUAUCUCCGAAAGCAGUAGCGCUAAUAAGUCUCCAGUAUCUGAAGUUUACCAAGCAGGAGAGAUAGUUAUGAAAGAAAUGUCGGAUACACCAAUGUUAGACGCUUUUGAAGGCGAAAGCAAUAUUGAUAAUGUAUCUAAAGAACCUGUUAUUGACUGUGUCACCAUGGUGGAGCAACCAGUUCUCGAGGAUGAACAACAUUGCAAGAAUGGAACCUCCACUGUACAAGGCUCUUUUGAAAAAUGGAAGAAUGUCUUGUAUUAUUAUAGACGAAGGAAAGUGAAAGGGUAG